CUGCGAGGUGCCGGAAACGGCGUCCCCCCAGACUUCCUCUGCGGAGCCGAGACGCCAUCACGGUACCACGUGACCGUCCGACCACCAUCCCCUACACGCGGGGCGCGCAGCAGCUCCGUCGCAGACGCCGCCGCCGCCUGUGACGUGAACAGGCUGGACAGCGCGCGCUCCCUACGAAUGGACGCGUAUGCAAAUAGAGCCGCUGCUACGUUUCAAUGUAACUGAUUUGUUGUGUUUUUGUUUCGUUUUUUUUUUUUGGUUUUUUUUUUCUUUUUCUUUUUUUUCUUUUUGUUAUUUACCUCCCCCCCCUUCUUUUGUUUCUCAGCCUGGUCAGUUUUUUCCUCUUCUUCCUCCAAGUGAAACAGUUUGGGUGAUGGCUUGGCCGUGCAUCAGCAGAGUAUGCUGCCUGGCUCGGUUCUGGAACCAGUUCGACAAAUCGGACCUGUCGGUCCCGCUGACCAUCCAGAACUACUCGGACAUCGCCGAGCAGGAGGUGAAGUCUGUCACCAAACAGGUUCCCGCGGACCGAAUAGCAAGGGGCAACUAUUCCACCCCGGACCCCCGCGGAUCCCCGCAGGCCCCCGUCGACGGUGCGGGGACCCGGGAGUCCCUCAGGGGGCGGAGGGAGCCGAGCUACAAACCCCGGGAGGACUACCAGCCGCCCGGGGUGCCUUUCCCGAGCGUCACCCAAUACAAGCAGGAUUUCAAACCUUGGCCCAUUCCUAGGAAAGAGAAUUUCCCUUGGAUUAGUAACGGAGGGAGCGGGGCUGACGGUGGCGUUCCGGACAGCCCGAUAAACAGUUACCCCCAUGCCGGCCACUCGCAGGGGGUGCGGGGGGAGAAGGAGGAGCGGGGCAAGGGGCAAAAGUGGGGAGAACAGCAAGAGACGGGGACAGCCAAAACCAGCUCAUACAGGCAAGAGUACCGAGCGUGGACUGGGGUGAGACCAGCCAAAAGCACCAGGAAAACUCUUCCAGCGCCGUACGUCAGCCCUGAGAGCAAUGCCACCCAUUUCCCCCCUGAGACCAGCUACCAGGCUGCCUACAGUGGGGAGGCUCACAGGUCCACAGGGGUGCACCAGGGCAACCAUCUCCCCAACACUAGCACUACUGUACCGCCGGCCUCCGUCCCUCAGCCCAUCACUACACCCCUCCAGGCCGGCGGCACCGGCAGCAACAUCUGCCUCCAGCAGAGCAACCUCGCCGAGAGGGCCGAUUUCAGUAUAACGAAGGGAGAGGAGCAGCUGGUGAGGACCAAGCUCCCUCCAAACCCGUCCGCCGUCUUCCAAAGCGGACCCAGGGUCUUCAACAUCUGACCAGCGUCCUAAAAUGACCCGAGCCAUUCCGAUGGUCGUCACUUUCAAGGAACCAACCAGGAAUGUUUUCUGUCCAUUCCAGACACACACACACACACACACACACACACACACACACACACACACACACGAGAAAUCUAUGCAAGGGAAUGUACUGUAUGCUGUGUCAGUGUAUCUGGAGGGACGAGGUCUGGAGAAGUCGGCUGCCUCGUCAGUAUUGUAAAGCCGAGAGAGAGAGAGAGAGAGAGAGAGAGAGAGAGAGAGAGAGAGAGAGAGAGAAAACAGAUGUCACGCAGAGAUUUCCUCCCUUCUACAGUCCUUCUUGACCCGUCUGCUUCGGAUAAUGAAUAUGCAUGUAACUAAAUAGUUAGAACCCCCCCCCCGAGCUUUGUUUUGCAGUGUUGUGAAGACGCACGAGAACACGGCUGCUCCGUGUGUAUGUGUAUGUGUGUGUGUGUGUGUGUGUGUGUGUGUGUGUGUGUGUGUGUGUGUGUGUGUGUGUGUGUGAGCGUGUAUGUGCGCCCCCCCAUUGACUCGGAAUGAUCUGUCCUGUCUGUUUGUAUACGUGAUGUCGAACCCACAACAAUGACAAGGUCACUGUUUGUCAGUAAGCGUGUAUGCUCGAAGCACUUUGUUGCCCUUUGGUGUUGCAAAAAAUAAUAAUAAAAAAAAAUCUGCUAGUCUUUUAUUAAGGAAGAAAAAAAACGGAAUGAUUUAUUUCCAUAAUAUUCAACCACUAUUUUGAGAAAGCGUUGUUUGGUCCGUUAUUUUGUAUAUCUGUUCAGAAAAUAAAGCGCCAGUAACGUAACCCAAGUGUACCAUAAAUAAACCGCCAGGUUUC